AUGGUUCUAGCGUGUGACAUCACAACUGCCAAAUAUCCUGCGGCCUGUGGAAAGCACAAGAGACGGAGAAGCACGGCUCAGUGCUCGGACGUCAGGAUAGCCCGUCGCGAUUCUACUGUCCGAAGAAAAUGCCAGAAAAAUCAGCUCUCCCCUGAGGAAGAGGAGAAGAAACGGAUCCGAAGAGAGAGGAAUAAAAUGGCUGCAGCAAAAUGUCGAAACAGAAGGAGGGAGUUGACCAACAGCCUCCAAGCUGAGACUGAUCUCCUGGAGGAGGAUCAAGCAGCACUUCAGGCUGAGAUCAGCAGCCUGUUAAAGGAGAGAGAGGAACUGGAGCUCCUUCUGUCAGCGCACAAACCCCACUGUAAAAACCCAGAGCUCCUCAACCCACUAGAGCAAAGCAGAGUCCAAGAGGCCCAUAGCUCAGCCUCACUGGAGAUACUGCAGCACGUGCCUCUAACCAUGGAGGACCUGGUCAGUGGUCCAACUCCAGACCCUGACGUACCGCUCACUGGUUCUGCACUGGGGGUCAUCUCAGGGAACUCUGACAUAUUACUGUGCUCCAGCGCUGAAGUAGAAGGAGCUGAGCUGGAGGUGGAGGUGGAGGUGGAGCUGGGGGUGAAAAAGGUGACUGGUGGAGUGAAAGAGAGAGAUGACGACACGAGACUGUCGGUACCGGACGUGGACUUGGGUUGCUGCUCUCUGGGCCUGACAGAGUGGGAGAGUCUUUACCAGACCAUGGCCGAGACCCUGGAACCCCUCACCUGUGCCGGUCACACCUGUGCUAGCUUAGAGACUCACACCUGUGCCAGCCACACGCUCUCGCUGUUAGGUUUCACCAGCUUUGAGUUUGAUUCGGAGGAGGGAGAAGGAGGCGAAAAAGCCAAAACAGAUGGGAAAAGAUCAGAACUUUUCACAGAUAUUCUCAAUUCUCCGACACUUGUGUCUUUAUGA